AUGUCGAAGUUCGACAAGGAUCCCAACUCGACAUGCGCUACCUUGGUUCGGAACUUCACUGAGGAUGAACCAUCUAGUGGCCUUCGGCGGACACUUGGCGGGCUUGCCAGGGGUCCGCCCAUGCGUUCCGCGAUUCCACCGGUGAUUUACAGACUCAAUCGCUGCGAGCCUUCCGACGUGGAGAUCUUGACGCAUUUCUUCACGAUCAUCACUCAAGAUGGAGGAAUCGCAGAUGAUGCUCUGAUUUCAAAUUUGUUCUACCAAAUGAACAUCUUCUCCGAAAUGUCGCCUAAUCCUAUGCCAACCUACGCCGAGUUGGAAGCUCAGCACAAAAACCUGAGCAUCUCGUAUCUGGGAAUGUACGACUCUAUUCCCCUGUAUUGCGCAUACACGAAAGACCCGUCGCCGGUGUGUAAGGAAUAUACCUUCGGCAAUUACGAAGCCAAUCCGAUCGCAUACUCAAAGGACCACUUUUGGAACGAGGCUGCUGUCGUUUCCAGCGAAGCCAGCGUGCUACUGUUGAGUGGAAAGCUGGACGUACAGGCUCAUCACAAGUACAGUGAGUACAUUUACGAGGCGCUCGAAACCUUCAAAAAAGAACUCGUUGUAUUCGACUUCUCGGGCCACGUCACACUUGAUGAUACCGCAUUCGGCGAGAGCGAAACGAGUUGCGCUAUGGAGCUGCUGGCCUCGUUCGUCUCCUGCAAUGGUGACCUCGCACGUCUGGACAAGUCGUGUAUGGCUAAAAUGCCUGCAUUUGACAUGACUGUGCCUGCUCAUAUCGCGGAAAACUGCUUUGGCAUCACGGAUGUGUACGACGGUACCGUCACCACGAGCGGCACACCGGCGUAA